GAUGUCUGCUCGUCACUUAUCCAUUUUUUAAAAUUUCUAAAACAGUAACUGUAAUUGAGAAAAAAAGACAGAUUUCUUGCAGUUUUCAUUCAUACUCACGAUAAAAUGAAAAUGUACCUAAAGCAGGAGGAAUUAUCCUGGAAUUUUGAACUGUUUGACAUUUGCUGCACAGAGCCAACAACACCAAAAACAGUUUGGGGUGUUGUUCUUUAAGGAAUAUGGCUGAAGGACAAGUAUUACAGUGAAAGUCACUGUAAAAGGAAGUGUAGACAGCAACACUUUCAAUCUGACUGCACUAUAUAUUGCCAAGUUCUCGUGAAACCGUUCUCUUCAAAGACAAAGACCUAUCAGUCGUGCAAACAGGUCCAUUUAUAAUUAGUCAUAAUGCCAGAGAGUGAAAGACCUUAUUUCACUUGGAUACGUCAAACAAUAGCUUGCACCUUGCUGGUUUACCACAUCAUGUUUUUUCUUCAGGCGAUCACUGGGUUGGUGCACAUUAAUGAUUGUCGAAUCGACCCCUUCAUCCCCGUCUAUCUGUCUGGUUAUGGAUUCAUAGCCGUGUUCUGGUUGUGGUCUAAGAGGUGGUGUGGUAUCAUCCUUUGGUCUGCAUCCAUCGCCAUUGUCUUUAUGUGGUUCAUCAUGGGUACCAUUCGCAUCUACUCCGUUUAUCAACCUGACUACAACAAGAACACUAAAGACCCCGAUCAUUACUGCGACAAGACGCUCUACCUGUUUGCAUUUUGGACCACCAACCUGGCCUUCGUCCUGUUAGCUGUUCUUUUUUGCUCGUAUUCUUUAGCUGUUUAUUUUCUGAUAGAAAGUGAUGACAGUGAGGCUCAAACGCUGCUUGGGGAUAACCAAAAUAAUGCAAUGUUUAUAGUUAAUUUUUUUCAGAGGUAAAUCUCAUUGAGACAUGAGGUCUCAAUUUUCAAGAGCAACCUAAACAUGACUGAAUCGAAAUCAUAAUUCACUUACUUUAACUUAUAUACAGCCAAUUCACAACAAUAGUAAAAACAGCUAAAGUGCUCUGUAUCAUAAAGACCUCACAAUACUAAAACUUGAAACAUGAAACGUUUGCAAUUACCAUGUAAUUACCAACUAAUGAUUUAUGUCUAGUCACGCCCCCCACCCCCAAUUUAUCUAGCCCUCUUUCCUUUG